AACUUCCGGUGACAACAAGUCGACACCGAACACAGGCAUUUUAUUUCUAAAUCAAUCCUCUAUUUGCGAUGACAGCAUGACAAAUGCGUACUCAUUUGAGGGCGUGCUGAUAUUCAGCAUGCUUGUGAUCUGCACAUGUGCAUACAUGAGGAGAGUGCCACGGUUAAAGCAAUGGUUUCUGUCUGAAAAGAAAGGCUUUCUUGGUGUAUUUUACAAAGCAUCUGUGAUUGGGACAAGGUUGCACAUACCUGUUGCUUUGUCAUUGACUUUCAUGGCCAUAUAUGUGAUGUUUCUGAAAUAGUAUACUUGCAUUAAUUGUAUUAUAUGGUUUUUUUAAAGUAUUUUGCUACAACUUAUAGACAUAGAAAUUGAAACAAAUGUACAAUUAAAUAAUAUUCAUAUGCACUUUAUAAAGCAACCAUGAUCACAUUGUUUUAGCAUGUUUGGAUAUUUUUCGCAUAUUGUUGAAAUGAAUACAUUAUGUAUGCAUUA